UUACGUCACACACGGAAGCGCUUACUGGAAAAUGGAAUAGACCAAAUGUCUCCAACGGAGGAGUUGGUCAAGCAGUGGGAAAGUGAGCAGGCCCAGCUCCGAAAGCAGGUGGUUGAGGUUGACACGGAGCACUGGCAGAAGUGCACAGACUUCUGCGGAUUGGAGCGGGUUGCUGGACUGGACCUCUCUUUUAUAAAAGGUGAUGAGAUCAAUGCCUGCUCCCAGCUGGUAGUACUCAGGUACCCCGAUCUUGAGGUGCUCUAUGAGGACAGCCAAAUGGUAACUCUGACGGCACCCUACGUGGCUGGCUUUCUAGCCUUCCGAGAAUCCCCUUUCCUCUUGGAGUCUUUGCAGCGUCUUGAAAGAAACGAGCCCACUCUUUUACCUCAGGUGCUGUUUGUGGAUGGCAAUGGUCUCUUUCACUACAGAGAAUUUGGACUUGCAUGCCAUGUUGGAGUGCUGUCAGGGCUGCCGUGUGUGGGUGUUGCCAAGAACCUUCUCCAGGUCCAGGGAGUGUACAAAAACGAAGAACACCAAUCUCAGAUAUCAGCACUACAGAAAGAAGGUGACAGCUUUCCACUUAUAGCAACCUCUGGCAAAGUGCUUGGAAAGGCAUUACGUACCUCAGACAAGAGCACUAAGCCAGUCUAUGUGUCAGUUGGCCACAAGAUCAGUCUGGAUACAGCUGUAAAACUCACACACUCCUGCAGCCGAUUCAGAGUUCCAGAGCCAAUUAGACAGGCUGACAUUCGUUCCAGAGAGUACCUCCGUGCUCACUUUCCUGUGACAGAGACAGGAAGCACUGAAUGAGUUUCUGAUGACCUAUUCCAAACCAAUGGAGAUGCAAAUAGCUAAGACAGGAGGCUGAAGGGCAACAAUUUCCUUGGAAUUAGAAAAGGGAGGAGGUGUUGGUGAUGCUCUGUGUUGGUCUUUUUCCACCCUUUGUGUCUCUCUCUUGUUGAAUUGUUCUCAUGCAGUGAAAGUCAAAUGACAUCCAUUUUCACCAUACACAAAAACCCAGAUUUUCUCGUUUUGCCUCACCUCCCUCUGCCAGGGUGCUGCCACGCUCCACUCAAGGAUUGAUAAAUUGUCACCAGCUGCCUCAUUUUUCAUGAAGCCUGCUUUGUUUUUCAACAAGCAUACAUCAUACCUUUGUGAACCCCUACGUCAUCAGAGGAAUAAGCUCAAAACCCCAGGACUGAUAGACAAGAAGAAGAAGUUGGGCGUUCUCAUCGAAAGCCUUUUUCUCCCAUAGGUUUACUGUAUUUUUCGGACUAUAAGUCUUUAUAAGUUUAUAAGUUUUUUUUCAUAUUUUGGCUGGGGGUGCGACUUUUACUCAGGAGCGACUUAUGUGUGAAAUUAUUAACACAUUAUGAUAUCAUUUCACAUGUUAUUUUGUUUUUUUGGAGUGACACUGAUGGUUUGGUAAACUUGUUAGCAUGUUCUUUAUGCUAUAGUUAUCUGAAUAACUCUAUAGCUAUGGCCACGUUCGCAUUCUGCCUUUGGCAAUGUGUGUUCAAUUGUAUUAUUUACUUUUUUUAUAUUGAAAUGCAUGCUUUUAGUUUGUGGCGCUUUCCCGCCCACGUGGGGGCACACUCGCACUUGUUUACGCGAAGAAGAGCGCUCACACGCCAGAAGAAGACGGACAGCUAUGCAGCGUCUCUGAGUGAGUGGGCGAGAGAAAGAGAGAGAGAGACACGGCUGUGAACCUACGUUCAUUGUUUAUGAUUGUAAAAUAUCUCUACAGAGGCAACACCUGUGUGUAUCAUCUUUUCUGUUGUUUUUGUGUGUUUUCCACCCGCGAUCGGACACUUAGAGUCAGUUGUGUGGUUGUUUGAACAAUGUGCUAAUGCUAGUGAACGCAUGCUAACCGUUUAGGUCAUUGCAGUAAUAGCACCUAAUUAUCAUUUAUUUAUGUUGAUGCGAACCUGUAUGGUAUCGAGGACCAAAUUGAUUCAGCAAAUUAUACGGACGUCCAGCAUCGUCAUUUGGGAGUUUAGCCCACUGAAUAGCCAGGACCGAGCCGUAGCGUCCUGGUGAGGACAGUAUAUUCGCAUUUCGUUGCUCAUGCACUGUACACUGUACAUUUAUUCAGCAUGUUGUUCUCUAUUGUAUUUUUAUUAUGGCCGGAACUUUAACGCAUUAUUUUCGAUCAAUUAAUUAUAAAGCUUUUAACGCGUUAAAUAUUUUAACGCAAUUAAUUGUUUCCGUUCAAAUUGUCCGCAUGCGGAACCUUUCUACUGAUGCGUUUCUGGUAUGCCGGUAAAUCUGAAGCACACAAACAAAGCUAACAGUAUCAGUGAUGGACGACGACGUUUUAUCUGGACCGUUGGGGGGUAAUUUUUCCUAUAAAAAGCGUUCUGAUGGGACAGAAGACAAGAGCAUCGUUUUGUGAAAGCUGUGCAAAAAGGAAUCACCAAAGCAGUUCCAGCCUCAAGUACUAUCUCAAUGCUAAACACGUCGGGGCGAGCACAGACUUGGCUAACGCUAGCGUUCACACUCGCGGCAACAAACGCUCCAGCCAGCCUACUCGGGAUGAAAUGACUUGUUUCCAAGCCAAAAUAAGUAAGUUUGCAUCAGAUAAAUUAUGCAACUCCCUAGCAAAAUGGAUUGCAAAGGAUUAUAGACCACUUUCUGUGGUGGAGGACGGGGGGCUUCAGUCCGUGCUACAAAUAGCUACAUCUGACUCAACUUACGAACUACCGUGCAGGAAAACUAUGGCAAACAAGAUUAAGCUGCUAUACGAUGACGAAAAGCAGACCAAAGAAGACCUUUUGAAGUCUGUCGAGUGUGUUGCUUUGACUGGAGACCACUGGACUUCCUUGAGCAAUUCUAACUAUCUCAGAGUGACCCCACAUACAAUACAAGUGGUCAACAAUGAAUGGCGUUUGGCGUCUUUCGUCCUGACUGUGCAAAAAGCCAACGACGGGCACUAUGCAGUAAACUGCGCGGACCAGUUUUUCUCGGUAGCUGAGUCCUGGGAGAUUGAACGAAAAGUCACAACAAUUGGUACGGAUUGUGCCAGAAAUAUGAUGGCAGCAGCAAGACAACUACCGUUCCAGCACAUGCCCUGUGUGCCGCACAUUUUGCAAAGAGCUAUCACAGUGUGCCUGUGGAUUUAAUGAUGUACUGACAAAAUGCCGCAAAAUAGUAGGUCAUUUCAGACAUAGCCCAGCCAACACAGAGGAACUGCAUCAGGAGCAAAGAGCACUGGAUCAGGAGAAGUACCCUGGCCAAACAGAAACACAAGCUGGUCUUGUUGUCUGCCACAGAGCGGAUAAAGCUGGAGAAGUUGGCUGCCAUCCUUUAACCAUGCACGUAAACUGAGUAAUUUAAAUGAUUUCUAUAAUAAAUAUUGCCUAAAUUGGAUUUGUGUAAUUGCUAACAGAAUAAUAAAAUAAAAAUAAAACAUCCUUUUUUUUAAAAUAUAUUUUUUAAUUAAUUUAUUUAUUUUUAAAUGCAAAUAUGUGACUGAACUAUUUGGCGGUGAGACGUAUGUGUCCUGUUCUGUGGGGUUGCCUGCCCUUCGAUACCUGGACAACACCAUGAAGGUCUCAGAUGGGGACUCAACCUACAUUGUGAGAUUCAAGACUGCCUUAAUGAAAGAUUUGUCUGAGCGCAAAGCUACACUCAACCAAGAAUGGCUCAAGCUGGCUACAGUGCUCGACCCGCGCUUUAAAGAUUUAAAGUGUCUUCCAAGAGAAGAGCGAGAAGGGGUGCGGAGCAAGCUUGAGGAGCUUCUGCAGGCAGAAUCCAACAAGGCUACUUCAGAGCGCAGGAAUGAGCCGCUAAAGACAAGAGGCCUCUUGUUCUUUGCUUCAGAUUCUGACUCUGAUGACAGUGAUGAUGGUCCUAGUCCUUCCCUGAGCCUUUACAGAGCUGAACACUCAGUCAGUGAGACAGACUGCCCACUAAAAUGGUGGUCAGUUCACGCAGGAGCUGAUCCACAGGUGUCCAAUCUGGCCAAAAAGUAUCUAGCAAGUCCCGCCACAUCCGUUCCAUGUGAGAGGAUUUCCUCACUAGCUGGAAACAUAAUUCAGAAGAAAAGAGCUGCAUUGAGUGCUGAAAAUGUAAAUAGGCUUAUUUGUCUCAGUAACUGGCUAAAGUAGAAGUAACUCCAGAGGUUUUUUCAUCUUAGUUGCACUAAAUGUUGAAUGAGGUUUUUUCAUCUUGGUUGCACUAAAUGUUGAAUGUUAAAAAACUUAAUGUUGAAGUUUUCCACUUUAAUUGUUAUUUUCUUGCCAUUUUAAUUAUUAGUUUACAAUUCACUAUUUGAUAGAAAAUGUCAAUAUUUGAUGCCUCGUAGUUGUAAUUUUUUGUUAAGCUCAAAAAGGCUUUUUAUUGAGAACAUGAUUUGUUUUGUCAAUAUAUGGUUUUCAAUUAGAAUGCGAUUAAUUUCAAUUAAUUAAUUACAGACCCUGUAAUUAACUCGAUUAAAAUUUUUAAUCGAGUCCCAUCACUAUUUUUUAUAUUAAAUUGCCUUUCAAGAUGACAUAUCUGUUCUAUGUGUUGGAUUUUGUCAAGUAAAUUUCCCCCAAAAAUGCGACUUAUACUCGGGUGCGACUUACAUAUGUUUUUUUUUUUGUCUUCGUUGGGCAUUUUAUGGCUGGUGUGAUUUAUCUGAA